AUGGCGCCCAAAUUGGGAAAGUUGUCAUCUGGCAAGUCGAAUACGAAGAAGAAGCCGUUGUUGGAACUGGAACCAAGCAAUGGCAAUAUGAGCAACGUCGAUACGAAAGGAGAAGGCGCCAAUACGAAAACAUCCAAGAAGAAGAAACGGUGGAGCAUGCGGAGAAAGAAGAAGAACGAGCCAGUGGAAAAUCUUGAAGCUCCCACCGCUUUGGGGAUUUGCUGUGGCCGUUCACGUGCGGAACUGAGCCAUCCCGCAUUUUCGGCACGCGAAGUGACGGGUCAAGUGCUGAAUGGCCCCAAUUCAUUUGCUCCCGCUGGACUGUGUACUCUGCUCGCCAAGACGAUCGUGAUGAGUUGGUCCAUGUCGCUCUUUGUCAUUGGUCUUUUGAGUCGUUCCGAACCUCCCAUGGCGUUUUUCUUUGCGUACUUGACCAACAUUACCCUGCUGAUUGCGUGUCUAUAUCUCUUGUUGAGUUGGUGGAAUUCCUUGCUUUCCACCAUUUGCACUUCCACGACAACCAACAUUGGAUGGAUGCACCACAUCAGCUGGGCGUUGUUUGCCGUUGCAGCUCCGGGAGAAAUUAUCGUCACGGUGGGGUACUGGACCAUGGACUGGGACGGGAAGUUGACCACCUUGUUGGACUAUUACAAUAUCAUGACCCAUGGUGGUGUCAUGAUUUUGGUGUUGCUGGAAGGAUUAUUCAUCAACCGCAUUCCCCUUCGUGUGCGACACUACGGUCUCCUGGCACUCUACAUGAUGGCCUAUCUCAUUUGGACAUUUGUCCAUGCCUGGUUCCUGAUUGGUGAUCCCACCAGUGAAGAUGAUGACGCCAUUUACGAAGGGGUCCUGGAAUGGAACAAGGAUCCCUUGACCACGGCUGGAUACGCGGCCCUCUUUUUCUUUGGUCUGGCACCGGUUUCCUUCGUGUUGGUGUACGUCUGUUCGCUCUAUACCGUUCCCUGUUUCUGCUGUCUGUUCGGGGCACGACGAAGAUAUGUGGUGGAUGGGGACGACAUGACAGUUACGGCCGAGGACGAUGCAUCUCAAGCGAGUACUUCCUAUGUGGAAAUGCCCGUGGUUCCCAAAAAGAAGAAGAAAAUGGGCCGAUGGUUUCCCAAAGGGGGGGACGAAGAAUCCGCUGCAGUCUAG